AUGGCCUACCUCUCCGUUCCCCCGAACCCUAGCACCACUCCCACGUUCCCCCACUUCUCCCCACCCCCCACGAUCCGGAUCGGGAUCACCCCGAUCCCGCGCCGCCCUGCGACCUCGACGACGGCGCCCGUCGCCGGCGCCGCCCUGCUGCCAUCGCCUCAUCUCCCUCCGGGCGCCUCCCCCUCUCCCCUCCUCUGCCCCCGAUUGGAUCGGAUGGGAUCGAACCGCCGCCGCCGCCCGGAACAUCAUGGCCGCGGCAUGCCUUGUCGACAGCCACCUCGUCGGACUGCCUCCUCGACAUCGUCGUCCCGGUCUACCUUCCCACGCCCCGCUGCCCGAACCCCUACGGCCCCCGUGAGCACCCCAUCUCCCCCAUGUUUCCUCUGUCCGCGCGCGCGUUGUCGUACCCUCCCGCUCAUCGCGCUCGCCGCUGGAUGCUCCAGCUCGCUGCUGCUGCCGCCCGCCUGCUCGCUCGGCCGCUCCGUCGCCGCGCCCGACCGCGCGCACCGGGCGCCCCUCGCGCGUCCAGGCCAUGCCCCGACCGCGCCUCGCCCGCGCUCGCGCGCGGCCUCGCCUCUGCUCAGCCCGCGCCGCUCCGCUCCACCACAGCCGGCGCCCGUCGCCGCGGCCGCAACCUCCUGGGCGGGCUCCCCGACGCCAGGCGGGUUCGCCCACGCCCAGGCGCCCGUCGCCCGCUGCCCGCUCACCCGCUAA